AUGGAAAUGUCAGGUCCACCUCUCUGGUCGCCUGAGAUUCUUCAAAGUCUACCUCCAAUAUACGCGAUCGAAGAUCAAAGAGCGCUACAAGCGCUACAAGGAUAUGAAGGGGAUGAGUCUGUUGCCGGCGAGACAAUAUAUCUCCACAAGAAGGACGGGUUUCAUAAGAAAUGUGGCUACAGUAUUUUCGUGUAUCUGAGCAUGGCCAUGACCGUCAUCAACGUACUAGCGAAUCAAACUGACAAGCCUCAAUGGCAGCAAUGCCAAUGCGCCAAGUGUAUUUACCGUUGGUCACCUGAGUGGCGUCGAAACAGACCGGAUGGCAUUCCGCUUGCCACGCUGCCUCCCAUGAGAUUUUAUCGUCGCGGAAGCAAAGGAGUGAGCCCAUUUGAAGAGAUAUACCGCAAGCAGCGCGAGAAGAAGCAGUAA